GCCUCUCGCCCCUUCUCGAACCUUCUGUCUCCUCCCGAUCAAAUCAGCCCAGCACGAAACGAACCAAUCGCGAACCUCCCCUCCCCCCCCCCCCUCUCGGCGUCUCUCCGGCAGCUGCGCCGCGGCUUGGAUCGCAUCCCCCGUUGGAGCCACCAUGGCUGGGAAGCUUAUUGCAAACCUGAUUGUCAUGGGCUCUACGAUUAUAGGAAGAGCUAUGCUUCAGGCAUAUCGUAAAGCACUUGAUAAUGCAAAUAAGACUGGUGUGGCCCAUGAGGCAAUAAAUAAUAUCCGUAGAGCCAGUAAAACAAUGACCGAGCAGGAAGCGAGGCAGAUACUGGGUGUAUCAGAGAAUUCAACCUGGGAAGAGAUCGUACAGCGGUACGAUAACUUGUUUGAAAGAAACGCCAAAUCUGGGAGCUUUUACCUCCAAUCAAAGGUUCACCGAGCCAAGGAGUGCCUAGAAACUGUGUACCAGAAGAACAAGCAAGAUGAGCCUCCUACUUGAGAUCCCGCUCCUCAAGUCCAGUUGAGAUUCUUUUUCCCCUAAUAAGAAAAAUGUACAUAACAGCAAAGGUUGCUGCUGUUGUAUCAUUAGUGCGCAAUGUGGAACCGAUGAGGCUGAUCCGUUAAGCGCAGCGACCGCGAACCUGUACAAGACUGAUCUGUUAAGGCGUAAGGGACACUGGCGCAGUGGGGCGUGCCUGUAACUCUUGUUCUUUUGGUCUGAUUAUUCCACGAGACCAUGUGUAUUCUUGUGCUUUGAUCUUCC